AUGGCAUCGUCUGUCCCUAUAGUGAAACUUUCUAAUGGUUUUGAGAUUCCUAUGCUUGGCCUUGGAACUUGGCAGUCCAAGCCGGGUGAAGUAGAGACAGCUGUCAAAGCAGCCAUAGACAUCGGCUAUAGACACAUAGACUGCGCUUACGUCUAUGGAAAUGAAAAGGAGGUCGGUGACGCGAUUGCCGCCAAAAUUAAGGAGGGUGUUGUCAAACGCGAGGAUCUCUUCAUCACUUCAAAGCUAUGGAACACCUUCCACCGGCCCGAUCUGGUGAAGAAAGCUCUUAAUGAGACCUUGGCGAAUCUUCAACUUAAAUACCUUGAUCUGUACCUGGUGCAUUGGCCACAUGCCUAUAAGGCUAUAUUAGUCCACGACCUCUGUCAAGUGAAGUCCUCCAGGGAGCAAAAUCCCUUCUGUCUCCGAAACAAAGAUAAGUUUUUCCAGGUCGAAUGCCAUCCAUGCCUUAACCAAAUGAAACGAUUAAUUCUGCAAGGCCAAAGUAAAAACCACCCCCUACUCCCCAGUUGGCUAUGUUUUCGGAAGAUCAUGGGCCAUUCAUCCCUAUACCAAAUAGAUCGCGGAAACAUUGUGAUUCCUAAAUCAGCGAAUCCAGGCCGCAUAGCCUCCAACUUCCAGGUGUUUGACUUCAAGCUGUCCCAGGAGGAUGUCCAGCUGAUCAACACUUUCGACUGCAAUGGACGAUUUGUUCCCAUGAGCGCUGCCGUCGGACACAAGGACCAUCCAUUUGAAAACGUCGAGUUUUAA